CUUUAUGAUCCCGGGAUCUCCCACUUCCCUCACCAGACAUCAGCCAGCAACACAGGCGAACACAACUUUCUCUCUCUUCACUCUCUCUCUCUCUCACACGCUGCUGUCUCUCUCUCUCCCUGCAGCUGCAACACAUCCAGAGACCUACAGAGAGACCACAACAACAAACACAACUCGGACCUCAGACGCCCCUUCAUCCAAACGGAGUCAGACAGAAAGGAUCACCAGCAGGAGAAAAACACGCACCAAGCGCUGCUGCAGCUUGCACCAAAAAAAAAAAAAAAAAAGGGGGAAUCUACAGCUUUAUUGCGCACAGAUAAAGCCACCGAGGAAGACUUUAUAUCUACUUUUGGUGAUCCUACUCUCUCGUCGUGCCACAAUGUCCGAGGUGCUGCCAUACAACGAGGGUAAAAUGAGCGGCUACGGAGCGGACAGCGAGGUCAGUCAGAUGUCCUUUAGCUGCGGACUGCAGGACACGAGCGCCUUUUUCGCUUCCUCGCAGGGGAAGAGACCUCCAAAGCUGGGACAGAUCGGCAGAGCCAAGCGAGUGGUCAUCGAGGACGACCGAAUAGACGAGGUCCUGAAGGGGAUGACAGACAAGUCUUCACCCGGCGUCUAAAACGUGAGCGAUGCCUUGCAAGACUUUUUAAUUUUUGAUCACCGAUUUGAAGCACUUGUCGGCUGUGCAUGUUCGAGGAUUGCAGGGGAGAAAAAAACGACGGCACGAAAGCAAGGAAGGAAGGAAGGAAGGAAGGAAGGAUGGGUUGACUGAGGAAAAAGGCAACGAAAAGAGAGGGGAGAAUGGAGAAGGCUUAAAGGAAGAGAAGAAGUGUUGAAGAAAGAUGGAGAGAUGAAGAGAGAAAGAGAAAGAGAGAGAGAGACUCUGGAAAAGACCAAGAUUUAUCAUGGGAUUGCUGGCAAUUCUCCAAACGAAUCCCGAUUUUAACUCCUGCUGCGCAGCAAGAUGUUGAGAUGGCGGACCUCGGCUCUGUGUCUCAACCUCUGCUGACUUUGAUGAUGGAUGAACUUGUCAUUACUUUCACGACCAUCUCUUUUUUUGUUUUCCUUUCCAACAGCGCUGUAAGCAACAAAAAUACUGCAACUGGAGGCUGAAGCUAAAUCCCAGCCCUAUUUCAAUAAGUUGUACAGUACAGUAGGUAGGCUAAGCUCUCAGACGAACCCCCUUCCUCCUCCUCCUCCUCCUCUUCCUCCUCCCUCCUCCUUUAGGCUUUGCUUUGUUGAUUCAGUCAGCGACGGUGCAUUCAAGGGAGCUGUCCUUUCAGCACUGGUCCAAUGCAUUCCUGUUGCUGCUAUUGCUUUUUAAAAACAGACCAACCAAACUCUCAAGUCUGCUAAAUAGAGGAGACCCAUUGUAUGUAAAAACAUAUAUCCGAGGAUGGUGCAAUGUUAAUAUUUUCUGUAGUAGAAGCCCUGUUUGUUUUUUGGCCCUUAAAGAGCAUUAGGCCACAGGUUAAACCUGAACCACAGGCUACUUUCUUCUAGAUCUUCUUCUUCUUCUUCUUCUUCUUCUUCUUCUUACCCAUCAGUGGUUAAAGGUGCAGCUUGGCACCUCCAUGUAGCUGAUUUAAAACCUGCACAUAUCUAUUUUCCCCCUUUCUAUUUUUGUUUUAAAAAUGCUCAGAUAUCUACAGAGGCCAGCACAGAUGUGGAGAUCAUAUUAAAUGUUUAAAAAAAUGUAGUCAUGAAAUUGAUGGGAAAAUAUUAUACUUUGGACAAUUUGAUUAUUUUAAUUUCGCAAUUAUUCGUGUUUCGUCCUCUAUGAGUUUUUUUUUUCCAUCUAUUUGCAUGAACUUUCACUCCGGUGCCAACGCAGGUGCCACUACUCUUACCCUGGCACGCUUCUUUUUAACAAAAGUCAUAUUUGUAUUUUUAUAUCUAAAUAUUUGUUAUUUAAAUGAUAUGCUAGUCUAUCGUCUUACAAUUCAUCAACAAAAAUAUUUCUACUUCAGAGAGGAUAUACAGAGUGAGACUGGGCUUCAUGGAAGCGAAGCUGAGAUUUUGGUGGACUGGUCUCAUUCUAUAUCAGCGGUCGGGUGUUUUUUAAAGACUAACUGAAUGUGUCUGGGGUUUUUGCACACAUCAAUGUUAAACUUAUUAAGAAAUCGUAUACUGUGACUUGAGCUUCGUUGAUGAAUUUGUUAGAAAAUGGCAGUUUUAGAGUAUAUUGCACUGUUUACGAGUAUCCUCAAAUAACACGUUGUUAUUUGACCGAUUUUGGACAUUACAGUUUUUGUUUUUUAAUUUUGUUUAUUUUGUACCAUUAUUUUAAAGAAACUGGAUAUGGUUUGUUGUGCAUGAAACCUUAAUAUUUUCAAUAAUGAAACAUCGUUUUAUGAAGCAAAAAAGCAACAAAAAUGUCAUGACAUUCUAAGAAUGAGUCAUUGUAUAUUAUGAUGCCAUUUUCACUGUAUUUGGUGAAUUAAUAAAUGGUGAAAGAACAUGUAAAUGUGA